AUGGAUAUUCGUACACGUGCCAGCUCCUCAGGCUAUGUUGACCCCAACUUCCCCAAUCCUGGUGGCAAGUGGGACACAUAUGUUAUCAUCUACGGCUAUACGCCAGCCUUUUCGCUUGCGAUCUUUGCCGCCGCAUGGUUCGUUCUGUUUCUAGUUGUCCACCUCGCGCAGGCGAUACGGCAUCGUAGCUGGUAUUUCAUCACGUUCCCCAUUGGCCUCCUAUUCGAGGUCAUCGGCUAUGUUGCGCGCUCUUUAUCGGCAAAGAAGGAUCCGUACAACUUGAUAUACUUCAUUAUCCAGUACUUCUUCAUCGUCACAGCACCCGUGUUUCUCGCCGCAGGGAUUUAUACCAUCUUAUCUGCCGUCAUAUCAAGGGUUGAAUCUGGACGCCGGUUUGCCUUCAUCUCACCAAAGACAAUCAUCUGGUUCUUCGUCGUCUCCGAUGUCAUCUCGACGAUUUUGCAGAUCACCGGCGCUGCGCUUAUUGGCGUGACGGAGUCUCGGCGGGAGGACCCGACUACGGCCAACAACAUCUUACUUGGGGGCUUGGCUUAUCAGGUCUUCUCCUUGGGCAUGUUCCUGAUUUUGACAGUCACCUUUAUCCUACGUGGACGGCGACAGGUUGCCAAGGCAGGCUUGAUGAGAUUUUAUCUGGUUCUGCUCGUGGCGACUGUAUUGAUUUAUUUACGCACCUGUUUCCGACUUGCGGAGACGGCUGAAGGCCUCGGCGGGUCUUUGUACACCAACGAAGUCCUCUUUGCAUGCCUUGAGUUUGCCCCAGUGGCCCUUACGACAUUGCUGUUUUCUGUGUGGCAUCCAGGAAGAUGUGUUGGAAAGAAAAUGGUGCCUGCAAAUGGCAUGUUAUCAAAGACAGAAACACCAGGGUCUCACUUUUGA